AUGAUGCAAUUGUCUUUCCUGGUACUUUUAUCUACACUUGUGUUUAGCGUGUUGGGUCGACAGCUUGUCUUUGUCGAAGAGAAUUGGCCUUUGGCCACCGAGUUCGCCAUUCGGGAUGAUAUCCAAUCCUACUAUGAAAAUAUCGUUGACGAAGUCUUGAGUACAUACAGCGAAGUGCUUUUGCUGGAAAUGCAAUACAACAGCUAUCGUCAUGGAAAACGAACGCCCUAUUUUCAGGAACAAGCGACGUUGAUCGGCUUGUCCCAUGCCAAUGAGAAAUGCGUACUGAAAUUGCCGGCUUACGUUGGACAGCAUCUUUAUGAGAUGAACAAUCACGUUUUCUCUCAAGUGGAGCCUAUUGUAGACGGAUUUAUUGCCACCUUGUGGCCUACUCACAUUGAUAUCAAGCCCGGAGAGCCGUUGCCUGAAAACGAGGUGGCGUCUUUUGUGCAUUCGUUGAAUGAAGCCGUGACGUUCCAUAUUCUUAAGACGAUCCGAGAUUACGAUAUUACGGCGCACGUUAUGCACGCAAUGAAACAGUGCGACGUGAUCAAGUCCGCCACGGACGACAGUCACUCUUCUUGUCGCCAUUCACGGUGGAUAAACUAUUUAAAAUCCUUGAUACCUUCCUCGUCCCGACUGGGGGCCUACUUUUCUCCCCCUCCCACCUCCAUGCCAUCUUCACAGAAACCCGCACUUACCACCUAUCUGGAAACCGUUGCCACGGAAUUGCGUCAAGGAUUCGACAAUGAACUCGAAAGCUUGACCGACAAAAUCCAGCAAGACCUCAUCGAGGAAUACGAAAGCUAA